UACUAUGAGAUCUUCCUGCACUUUUGUUGAAAUGUAAUAGUUCCUCUUUUUGCUAUGUGGUCACAUAGGGCGUGCUCUUAUCUCUGCCUCCAGUACAGCAUGGGUGGUUCAGGGACCCAGCACUCCAUGCAGGCAGAUAUGUGACUUUCUAGUGACAGAUGUUUCCCUCAUAUACUGUCACUGCAAACUACUUGUAACUACAUAAGCAGACUACUGUAACAGAUAAGAGUGCAGAAGUCUGAGCACAGAGGAGGGUGCUUGGCUGAAAACUACUUGGAGUAUGCAAUGGAGGAACAGAGAAAAGAAAGGGAGGGAUUGUGUACUGGAAGAAAAGGGGGCACUGAGCUAGAAAAUGGGAGGUAUAAGCUGAGGAGGGGUAAGAGGGACUUUGCAGAAUGGACUCACUCUGGAGUUAGGUGCCAGUGAACUGCUACCAGAAGAAGCAAUGUAGCUUUGAAGGCUAUUCCAAGGGUAAUAAAGAGCCUAAAAAGUCCUAUAAAAUAAGAUUAUGUUAACAACCGUCCAUCAUUUCAAUACUUCUGUCCUCAGCACACAGGGUUAAAGCAGUGCUACUCUUGCAACGUGACUUAUAAAGACAGACAGUCCAUCCAAUGGCAUGCAAGGGCUUGUAGAAGGGAUUUUAGGCACUGGAAUUUGCUGGGCUGCUAUUGCUCUGCAUUGGAUUCUCAUUUGUGACUCAACAGUGCAAAGAAGGGGUUUGAUCAGUGUUUUGUCACUUUGUGCCUGUUUGGUGGUGUUGUUCAGUCUGCCAGGAGUGAGACACUGUGGCUGCUUCAGUAUUGGCUGAUGUGGAUUGCUUCUCUAUCCGGAUCCUUACAGACACACCGUUGUAGAAGAAAUCAACAAUGUCUCAAUCAGAUUCUGAUAACUCAGAUACACCAAAGAGGAGGUUUGAAUUAGAGGUUGAAGACAAUGACACGAAAGCCGCCUUUAGUAAAGGAGAAAAAGAUGGAAAAAGAGACAAGAAGCCACCCAUGGAAUCAUCCAUGCAGGGCGAAGGCAACAAUUUCCCACUUGAAAUUCAUUUUGACACAAGUUUCCUUCCAUCACUACCAGCCUCCAAAGUCAAGGCCCCCGUCAUUGAUCCUAAAGAUGUUUACACAAGAGACAGAAUCUUUGAAGCCGUUGUCAAUCAUGACACAGAGGACCUUGCUGCACUAAAAACCUAUUUGCACAAAUCUAUGAAACAUCUCACCAAUGCAGAAUUUAAAGAUCCUGACACGGGGAAGACAUGUUUAAUAAAGGCCAUGUGGAAUCUUCAGAAUGGAAUGAAUGAUACCAUUCCUAUAUUGCUGGAAGCUGAUGAGACACCUGGUAAAAUGGAAGCAUUGGUUAACGCAGCAUAUACUAAUGAAUAUUAUAAAGGACAGACAGCACUCCACAUAGCUAUUGAGAAGAGAAGCUUCCAACUAGUCCAGCUGCUGAUGAAACACAAAGCUGACGUCCAUGCCAAAGCGGAGGGCGCAUUUUUUCAGAAGAAGAAAAAAGGAGUCAGUUUUUACUUUGGUGAACUCCCUCUUUCUCUAGCUGCCUGCACUAACCAGCCCAAUAUUGUGGACUAUCUCUUAAACAAUCCCUAUCGUAAGGCUGAUUUAAAAGCCAGAGAUAGUCAUGGGAAUACAGUCCUGCAUGCUCUGGUUUUAGUAGCUGAUAACACAGAGAAGAACACUAAGAUAAUCACUAAAAUGUAUGAUGACAUUCUGAAGAGAUCCAUAACAAUCGAUCCAGAGAUGUACCUGGAGGAAACUCCUAACUGGGAAGGUCUAACACCACUGAAGCUAGCAGCCAAAACUGGUAAAAUUGAGUUGUUCAAGCACAUGCUGCGGAGGGAGAUCACAGAGCCAGAGUAUAAACAUCUGUCUCGGAAGUUCACGGAAUGGACGUACGGCCCAGUGCACACCUCUCUGUAUGACAUGUCAUCUGUGGACUCCUAUGAAGCUGACUCUGUGCUGGAAACCAUUGUAUUCAACAGUAGUGCCAAUAAUCGGCAUGACAUGAUAGUGCUGGAGCCCAUCAACCAUUUGAUGCAGGAAAAAUGGGAUUCUUAUGCCGGCAUGAUAUUCUGUGUGAAGUUUUUCCUCUAUGUUUUGUACAUGAUCAUAUUCACAGUGACAGCGUAUCACAGACCACUUGAAGGACAGCCCCCAUUUCCUCUGGAAGGGACACCCAAAGACAACGUUCGUGUACUUGGAGAAAUCAUCAUCAUGUUUGGUGGGCUUUAUAUACUAAUAUGUCAGAUUAUAUACUUUGUGAAGAGGCGUCCUUCUUUACAAAUUUUAAUAAUGGAUGGCUAUUUCGAAAUUCUUUUCUUUCUCCAAGCCGCUAUUAUUUUGAGCAGUGGCAUUUUUUACCUGGCAGGAAGUGAAGUUUAUGUUGCCCUUAUAGUGUUUGCAUUGGUUAUUGGCUGGGUGAAUAUGCUGUAUUAUACCCGUGGAUUCCAGCAGACAGGAAUUUACAGUGUCAUGAUUCAGAAGACCAUCCUGCGUGACGUGCUUCGUUUCCUCUUGGUCUACCUAGUCUUUCUCUUCGGUUUUGCAGCAGCUUUGGUUACACUUAUUGGUGAAGCUCCUCAGAAGGCUGAGAAUAGCACUGAUGAUGGAAAAAGUGAAGCAGGAACCUCAUAUUCAGGUCUUUACAUCGCUACCUUGGAGCUCUUCAAAUUUACUAUUGGCAUGGGAGACCUGGAGUUCAAUGAAAACCUGAAGUUCAAGCACUUUUUCAUGUUUCUGCUGAUCUUGUACGUGGUACUCACCUAUGUUCUUCUCCUGAAUAUGCUCAUUGCUUUAAUGAGUGAAACGGUAAAUAAAGUCUCUAAUGAAAGCAAGAGCGUAUGGAAAUUACAGAGAGCCGCAACAAUCCUGGAUAUUGAGAGGUUCCUGCCUAAGCGCAUUAAGGAAAAGUUUAGGUCUGGCCGGUUGCUUACAGUGGGGUCAAAGCCUGAUGGAAAGCCAGAUAAAAGAUGGUGCUUUAGGGUGGAAGAAAUACAGUGGGAAUCAUUUGGAGAGAAUAUGUCCUGCAUUAAUGAGGAGGAGCCUGGUGACAAAGAAAAUGCACACAAGCUUUAUAAACGACCAAAAGGAUGGAGUCAUUGGGUCUCCCGAGCUCAAGAAAAGGCAAAGGAAGAAGAGUUAGAGCCUCUAAAGUCCGUGUCCACAAGCCCAUCAAAUGAUGAAAAAGUCUGAAGCAGGAAGCUGAGGCCUAAGGAUAGCCAUGACUCCUCAUCCUGGCUAUUCUCUUCAUCAAAUAGACAUCUCAUCAAUAAGGGAAUAUAAUUAAAAACAAAAAUCCUAAUUGAAUUUAAAAUGUGGACUUUAAUAUGAUGCUGUAAAACAAUAAAGCUGCAAAGGUUGCAGUGAUACUUAAAAUAAUUAAAUAAUUAAAAUGCCGGGCCUUGUAAGUAAUGUUACCUUCUCCAUAGCAAUCAACAGCAGCUGUUAUUUUUGCAGUUUGCAGAUGAAAAUGUUUGAUCUGAUUGGUUGCUGUGAUCAAUACUGACAUUUUUUUUCUUUCAGCUUCUUUUAAUGCCAAAGACAAAGCCAUCCUUUGCUACAAUUUCCGAAAGUUAGAAGCUAUUACAUUUAAAUCUUCUAUAACACAAAGUAUUCUCAAGGUCCUCUGUUACAGACAAAUUCUACAGGUUGAUGGUAAAUGAGGACAACUGACCACUACAUAGAGUCAGCACUGAAAUAAAUGAUUCCUAUGGGGAAAAGAACCAAUCCUGAUUGAGCUUAGAACGUUCAGUGUU